AUGUCUGAAGAAUUUCCUACACCACAAUUGAUCGAUGACUUGGAGGAUCAUCCCGGACAAGAUAAUGGAAGAGUUGUCAAGGACCUGCUAGCUGGUACGGCUGGUGGGAUUGCUCAGGUUUUAAUAGGGCAACCUUUUGACACAACUAAAGUGAGACUUCAAACUUCAAAGGUACCCACGUCUGCUGCAGAGGUUGUUAAAAAUUUGCUUAAGAAUGAAGGUCCAAAAGGUUUUUAUAAAGGUACAUUGACUCCAUUGGUUGGUGUUGGUGCAUGUGUCUCAAUUCAGUUUGGUGUUAAUGAAGCAAUGAAAAGAUUUUUCCAUGCCAGAAAUGUAGACCACAACGCGACUCUUUCUCUAUCGCAGUACUAUCUUUGUGGUCUCACUGGUGGUAUGACCAAUUCCUUUCUAGCUUCUCCCAUCGAGCAUGUAAGAAUACGACUUCAAACACAGACGGGUUCUGGUGCACAGGCAGAAUUCAAAGGCCCAAUCGAUUGUAUCAAAAAACUGAGAAGUCAAAAAGGGUUAAUGAGGGGUCUAAUCCCUACAAUGCUAAGAGAAGGUCAUGGCUGUGGUACAUAUUUCCUUGUAUACGAGGCCUUAGUAUCAAAGCAAAUUAACCAAGGUUUGAAGAGAACUGAAAUUCCACCAUGGAAAUUAUGCUUAUAUGGUGCACUUUCAGGUACAGCUUUGUGGUUAAUGGUUUAUCCAAUUGAUGUUGUGAAAUCGGUCAUGCAGACAGAUAACCUAAAUAAACCUCAAAACGGUAAGAAUAUGAUCCAGGUAGCCAGAAAUCUUUAUGCCAGAGAGGGAUUGAAGGCCUUCUUCAAAGGAUUUGGUCCAACAAUGCUGAGAGCCGCUCCAGCUAACGGUGGUACCUUUGCUACUUUUGAAUUGGCAAUGAGACUCUUGGGUUAA